UUUAUUCAUUACAAUAAGUUGAUAUUAUGAGAUUAUUUGAAUGCUGAUCCAAAAAAUGUACAGAAUGCGGCCUACACGUUGGAGGGUCUUUCGCCGUUGUAUUUCACAUAUAAAUGGCGCAAGUUCGCAGAAAUUAUGCAAAUACUUUAAUAUCACCCAAAACAAAGCAGAAUUUAUAAGUUUAAAGCAGCCCUACGUCAACAAAUUAGACGAAGCUACUUUAAAAGGCCUUAUUGAAACAGUUACCGAUUUGGGAUUUACAAAAGACGUCAUAAUAAAUGAUCCUCAGAUGUUCAGUAUAAUGCCAAUCACUUUGCGCUUUCGUCACAAAGUUUUGGAAGAAUGCGGGUUUAAAAAUAUAACACCAAAGCUUUUAUUAACAUAUUUAACAAUAAUGAAGCAGAAAACGAUUGGAUAUUUAAAAAGUUCUGGUGAACUACCAAAUAUAGACGUAGAAAAACGUCUGGCAAGUUGUUUAACACAAUGGCCAACUUCGCUAAUCAAUUUAACAUUUGGGGACAACCGUGAGACAACACUAUAUAGUUUAAGACUGAAAAUUCUUCAACGGUAUUUAGAAUUGGUACUAGAUUUGUCAGAAGACGAAUUCCAGCGUGGUAUAAAGACGUAUCCUACAAUCAAACAUCGACCGCUACAAACUAUAAACGAAACACUCAAUUUACUGCAAUCUGUUGUUAUGAUACCUGACAAGAAAAUUAAAGCAAAUCUAUAUCUCGUUCAUGUUGAUCCGGAGAACUUGAAGCAAAUUAUUUACAAGUUCCGUUUCAUAGGCGGAAUAGAUGUUAAAGAAGUUUUAAGACUGCAUCCGAAACUAGCGACAAAGAAAUAUGAUGCAAUGUUAGAAAUCAGGAAUAUUUUGCAAGAAUAUGGCAUAAGCGACGAGGCUCAGAGAAGAUGUUUUGACAUAUACACGCUAAGUCCUGCUACAAUAAGAGAAAGACUUGAAGAGGCUAAAUCUAUACCAGAAUUUCAAGCCUUUUCGAACCAUCCUAGAUUCCUCAAAAUUAUACAUUACAAAAAUACAGCAAUGAACAGACUUAAAAACUUGUACGACAAUAGAAAACAAUGCCUAAGCCUGAAUGUGCUAUCUGGGAGCUCCGCACAUUAUGAAGUGUUCCAAAAUUCUCCGGGAGACCGACUCGGUAAAGGCAAAGAUCUGGUAUUCUGUAUCACCGAAUCCCUCGGAAAUGUUUACAGUCCAAAUCAAAUAUGUAAGAUGGUCAAGAAACAUCCGUUUUGGUUUAAUGUGCCCCUUGUACAAGUAAAAUUUGUAUGUCAAGAGCUAUCAAGGAAAUUUGAUGUUCAAGACAUUUACGAGAACUGUCCAAUAUUAUUAUACCCUUGGACCAAAAUUGAAAAUAUGCUUAAAAAUUUUGAAGAGAAAAAUUCUAGAGAAUCGUUGAACAAUAAGGAGCUAGAUGUAUCAAAAUUAAAUAAAUCACAAAUACUGAGUUUAGUUGUAUAUUUGUUGGAGAAAAAUCACUAUUUUACUGGGAAUGGCGUGUGGGAUGAAACUGUAAAAAUAAAAUGUUGAAA